GUUCUGGCCGGCGACACAAUGCCCAUCGACGUGUACUGCCACAUCCCCAUCAUGUGCGAGGACAGAAACCUUCCCUACGCAUACGUCCCGUCCAAAUCGGACCUUGGAGCUGCAGGAGGAUCAAAGCGCCCGACGUCUGUGAUCCUGAUCAAACCCCACGAGGAGUACCAGGAGAUCUAUGACGAGUGCUUAGAGGAGGUGUCAGCCCUUCCCCUGCCGCUGUGA